UUGGACAAGACUAACAUGAUAGCAGGUACAAGUGAAUGACAUUACAGGAAAUAUGAAUGCCAAACUUGGUGUCAACUUAUUGUCCAGUCGAUUGUCGUCAUGGUGACGAGACGCUGUCUCUGUUGUGAGGUGUGGGCGGAAUUGAAUGCAUGCUCCUAGAUACCCUAAUGGGUGUGCCAUGCGCGCCAAUAUUCAUGAGCUAAAACGUUAUUCAACUCUUCCUCAAUCAUCACAAUUAACUGAUCGGAGUAAGUCCACUACCAACGUAUAAACUCAGCUUUGCUCUUUGCAUGGACACACUGCAGAAUGACAAGCUGGCUAUGAUGUCUACUUCCCUCGCGUCCCGGUCCUUCAAACGCUCAUUCAACCCCCACAGGAACCAUGGGACUACCGUCAGUAAGCUUCGACUUCUCAUCGAUGUCGACCCCACUUAUGGCUUCAGGAGGCUUAAACUAGGAGGCAGAGAACUAGAUGAUCUUCCACGGGAACUUUUCGAACUAACCGACCUGGAAUAUCUAACGCUUAGUCCAGACCGGAAGUCUUGCUUAUUCUUUCAGCUGUCGUCUGUCCCAAAAGAUAUUGGCCGACUUGUAAAUCUGCGAGUACUGUGUCUUGAUACAAAUGAACUGACGGAUCUCCAUCCAGCGUUAUGCCAACUAGGACAACUAGAGCGGUUGGUACUCAGCAACAAUCUCCUAACGAAACUUCCUCAAGAGUUCGAAGGCCUCAAGCAACUGAAGAGCUUGCACAUCGCCAAUAACUACUUUGAAGAGGUGCCAGAACCUUUAUUCGCUUUAAAACAGCUGACAUUCCUGGAUAUGAGUGACAAUAGGAUCAUGAUACUUUCGUCUCGGAUCGGCGAACUGAGAAAUCUCGAAACGUUGUUACUUUUCUACAAUCUGUUGGAGAUGUUGCCCGAGUCCAUUGGUCGUUGCACAAGACUCUCUAAUCUUUGGUUAGGAAUGAACAAACUGACAACAUUACCACAUAGUGUUGGAAGACUGUCUAGAUUGGACUGGGGUGAGCACGACCAUUCUUCAAACUUGGAAGGCAAUCCUUUGAUCUAUCCACCCAUUCAAGUGUGUCGCAGAGGGCCAGUCAGCAUCUACGAGUAUUUCAAGGAACGCGGCACUUCAAAUAAGUAUGGAGCCGACAUCGAUGACGACGAUGAGAACGAUGAUGAUAUUAUGUCGGACGAUUCGGGUAGCACUCUCGGUGACACGGCAGACUACAGAAAUAAAAUUACGUCACAAUCAUCACCAUAAGCUAGGUAGAUACUCUUCCUCAUAAACCUUCAACAUUUAUUGAAUUCAGUAAUGAAGCAAUCACUCUCAAAAUUAUUAUAAGUAAGACAGUUUUUUUUUCUUUCAAUCCGACCCAACGAGAAAGUGUGUGUAGUUCAAUUAAAAAAUAUCCAACAAGCAUAAUGCUGAAAAUUUCAUUCAAAUCGAAUGUAAAAAUGAUCAAGUUAUAAAACUUAAUGGCUUCGCUUAUUUUUUGAACCCUCCCAGAUAAUGUGCAGAGAAUAGUGAUAUGCAAAUGAGACAGUAGAUGACGUCACCCAAUAACCAUUUCUUCUGCAUUCUAGAUGGCACAUAUGACAAUGAUGCGCUCAUCACAGUUGGUAGCAACAAUGGCAAUCUUUCAUAUUCAAGGAGGAUUCACCCAACAAAAAUACAUUUGUUUGAUUCGACCCUUAUUUCACAUUAUGGAAUAUGAUAAUAUAUUUCAUUUAUCAUGUAAUAAAAUACAGUAUAAACAGUAGGUGGAUGAUGUCAUCGGUACCCUCAUUUGCACACUAGGGGUGUGCAUAUAACCGUUUAAGCGAGCAUAUCAAACGUGGUGACAAUCCUCCCUUUCACACGGUAAAAAAAUCGUAAUUUGACUGAUGAUUCUAGUAAAAAAUGAAAAAACGAAUUCUCCGGACGAAAUUUUAGCACGUAUGAAACCAAACUAGAAUUCGCGAACGCUAAUCACAAUCACAAAUUCAAAUUCUACUCC